GUAAUAGCCUUUAUGGGAUAGCAGUAUAUACUUUGGUUAACACACGCUUGUUUUUAUAGUAUAUAGCGGUUUAUUCUGUCUAAGUUUAAUCGAACAAUGAUGUAUGGAACAUGUACGGAGUUUUAAUUUUGUGUAAAUGAGGAUGACGUCACGUGACUUACAAUACACCUGUGUUGGUUUGACGUUCGUGAGUGACCCGGUUCAUGAUCCGUUGUCGUAAUCUCCAGGGCGACGUAACGGGUUCUGGUCUCGGGUCAAAAACGAGGCCGAGACCAUUCCGAGGAAUUCUCCGUGUGACUGACUUCAUAUGGAUUAGACAGUGACUCUGUAAGGAUUACACUGACCAUUUCUACGACACAUUUUCCCUGGCAUACAAGAUUGUUUGUGCCCGCGUUACGAUAUUCUAUGAUAAUUAUGCGACAAAGAGGAUUUUAAUGUUUUGGACAUUGAGAACUGUUUAUAUGUCCAGCAGACAGUGUUAUUUGUGUGGCUGUUUAACAGUAGAAACAAUGGCCUGGUUUAUGGUGGAUACUGACUACCGGAUAUAAACGUGUACGAUCCUAUAGCCCGCCCACGAGAAGCCAAAUGCUGAGCAUCACCACCCUAACACGGAAACCAAAGAAACCGGAACACAUGUCGGACAAUGAGAGGAGAAGCGGGUCCGAUCUCCAUAACAACCAGGUGCUGGGACACGACCCUAAAAAUGAGGCCAUCUCAAUGAUGGGGAUGCUGAAGCGAGAUGAGGAAGCUCUCACAGAGCACAUUAAAGAUUUGAUUAAAUACCGUAAAGACUAUGCAAAAACAGUGUUCACGACGGACGUGGAGGGUUGGACCCCAUUCCACGCAUUUGCUUUACGUGGCUGUCGUAAGCUUGUGAAACUCAGUUUGAAAGCGGGGGUGGAGGUGGACUUAGAAAUGGGACAGCCAGACGGUCUCCCAGGCGGCUGUUCCGCCUUACAUCUAGCCUCCCACCGCGGUGACGUCAGUAUUAUUGACAUUCUUAUCGCCAAUGGCGCGGGUGUUAACAAAAAGGACAACACCGAGAGAACGCCUAUAUUUUAUGCAUCCCGUGCUAAUAAUACACUCGCGGUGAAAAGACUCGCACGUGCAGGUGCUGACGUUAGUUUAUGUGACCCAGAACACAAACCUUCAGUCGACGAUAUAUCUUCAUCUCCUUUUUGUUUUCUUCCGUUUGUUGGACAAAGGCGGAAGUCGGAUAAAUAGUGCACUUCCGGAAAAAUGAUAUGCUGUUCUAUUCCAAAUCUGGUUUUUUUUUGUCAAGGAAGUUGAGUUAUCG